AUGUCUGGGAAACCCAAGCUGCACUACUUUAAUGGACGAGGCCGAAUGGAACCAAUACGGUGGCUACUAGCAGCAGCUGGGGUUGAGUUUGAAGAAUGUUUUAUAGAAACAAAGGACUCUCUGACAAAGUUACAAACGGAUGGAUCCCUGCUAUUUCAGCAAGUGCCAAUGGUGGAGAUUGAUGGAAUGAAGAUGGUGCAGACUAGAGCCAUCCUCAGCUACAUAGCAGGGAAAUACAAUCUCUAUGGGAAAGACCUGAAGGAGAGAGCCCUAAUUGAUAUGUAUGCAGAAGCAAUGAUGGAUCUGAAUGAGUUACUCAUGUCUUACCCUUUCCAACCAGAGGAUAAAAAGGAGCAACAUUUGGCUAAUGCUGUGGACAAGGCCAUAAACAGAUACUUCCCAGUCUUUGAGAAGGUUUUGAAAGACCAUGGACAAGACUUUCUUGUUGGCAACCAGUUUAGCAGGGCAGAUGUGCAAUUACUUGAAAUCCUUUUAAUGGCGGAAGAGUGCAAGCCUGAUAUACUUGCCAAAUUUCCUCUCUUACAGAAAUUUAAAGCAAAAAUAAGCAACAUCCCCACGAUAAAUAAAUUCCUACAGCCUGGCAGCCAGAGGAAACCAUUACCAGAUGAAAAAGAUAUACAAAAAGCACGGAAAAUUUUCUUCUAAGCAUCAGCCUAAACCCACAGAAACUCUAUUUCAUUCCCUUUGUGUUUGCUGACAGUGGCAAAGUGAAAU